AUGGAGCCAUCCCUUCCAAAAUCGGCCAAACACGCCGAGUUUGUCUACAAGCGACUUGUCAGAGCCGACGAGCUCUAUGACCAAGACUCGCUGGACGAGUGCGUCGAGAUCCUCUACGAUCUGAUCGAGGACUACGACAUGGCCCCUUUCCCAAGACUCAAGACCCUUGGAACGCUGUGCGAGUUGAUGGGUGACUGGGAGUAUGGCGAAGCUCGUCGCCAUGAGGCUGAGCACCUGUACGAGUGCUGUAGUAAACAUCCCGACCGCUAUGAUCCGAGAGUCUUGGCCGAAUUUUCGCGCUCCUCUGGACGCAUUAGCAGAGGCCUGGGCGAACAAACCGGUCUCGGAGAUGAUUGA